GUAGUGGCCUUGCUAACUUUUCGUUCUGGGAGUUUAUCAACUGUUUCCGUAUUUUUGUCAACCGUUCAUUGAAUUUCUUUUCCACCCUGCUUUCAAAAACACCUUCAUCUGCGGAAACAUUGCAAUACGUCAUGGAUCAUCAAAUGUUUAAAAUAUACAAUUUGGAAGAUUUUAACAGAAUCACAAAAGGAAUUAAAGUUGCACAAUGCAUGCAAUCUCGAUCGUCAUCUGUUUCAGAAACUGAAAAGGUAUUGAGUCAAUUAGAUGACUUAGUUGUAUCAGACUCCUUAAGUUGUUCAUUUUGCAAUGCAAUAUUUGAAGAUAAAGCACAACAGAGACUUCAUUACAAAUUAGAUUGGCACCGGUAUAAUUUAAAGCAACGUUUAAAUGGAUUGAAGCCUAUUAGCGAGGAUAAGUUUAGUCUCUUAGCUGAUGAAGGGGAUGUUUCAAGUUUAUCUGGAAGCGAUGCUGAGUCUGAAAAUGAGGAUGAGACCUAUGUCUCAGAAACAGGUAAUUCUCCAAGUGGACUUGGGGAAAAUAAGAGCACUGCAGUGAAGAUCAAGAAAACAGAGAGGAAAGCAAGGAAUGCAGAGUCAAUUUCUGAUAGUUCAGACACAGAAUGUUCUGAUGAAACAGUGAAAGGAAAAAAACUUGAAAGUUUAAUGGUCACUGCUAAUCGUCAUUCAAAAGUCUUCUUUGAAAAUGAUGAUGGAAAUAUAUUCAGUAUAUACAGGUGUUUACUCCAUCAUAAGAAGGAAAUUCCUGAGGUAGACAAUGAGAUGAUUGCUCAAGCAUUAGACAGCGGGAGGAAAACAACGUGGACCGUUAUCAUGAUUGGUGGGGGGCAUUUUGCUGCUGCUGUAUUUCAAGAUGGAGAACCAAUUGUGCAUAAGACCUUUCAUUUUUAUACUGUAAGAGCCAAGCAAGGAUUUGCCCAAAGUUCACGUACGACUAAUCAUCCGAAAAGCGCUGGUGCUAGUUUGCGUCGUUAUAACGAAGCUUCGCUUCUUCAGCAUGUACAAGACAUACUCGAAUCAUGGUCAUCCCAUAUUAACAAUUCUUCUCUGAUUCUAUACAGAGCGGUUGGACCGUAUAAUCGUACUGUAUUAUUUGGAGGAAAAAAUCCGCCUUUAGAUAAAAAUGAUGCAAGAUUAAGACCAUUGCCGUUCCCUACUCGUAGAGCAACGUAUAAUGAAGUUAAAAGGGUGUAUGAUAUAUUAAGUACCAUGGAAAUUUAUGGAUCUGCAGCUGACUUUACGGAUUGCUUUCCUAUUUCACCACGACAGCCUCUGAGGAAGAAAGUUUCAAAAGUUGAGGUAAUCGAUGAAACUUUGGAAAAAGUGGAGAAUGAAGAAUACGAUUCUAUUACUGCCAAUAACAUACGUAAUCCCCAAGAUAACGAUAAGAAUAAAAUACCUGCUCAACCAUCUCCUGAAAGACAGCAGAGAAAUUCUCGGUCUCAUAUAGAUAGAGCGAAACCAAGAAAAAGUCCGUGCCGUCCUUUACCAGAUAUUGUUGCAAAGUUAGCACGGUCAUCUUCGGAAUCAGAGCUAGACAGUCAGAUAGGAACUGUUGGUGUACCAAUGGACAUUACUCUGGUCGAGCAAGAAUUAGAAAUCGAAUUUAAUGAACAUUUACUAGCUUUCCAAGAUACUGUACCGAGAUAUAUGAAAAACAAGAAAACUCGACGUCAAAGAAAGAAACAGAAAAAGGAUGACUGCAUUAUGAACGAAUCGCUAACUAGCGCAAAGAUGAAGUUAUGGUCGGCGUGCAAAGUAGGUGACAACGAUCUACUGUCGUCUCUUAUUGAUGACUUACUAAUGGAAGCAGAAAAAAAUACAGAGUUGGAGGAUCAGAACAAAGGAGAUAUAACUGUUGAGAGUAACUCGAUCAUACAUAAAAAUGAUGUAACAAAGUUAGUGAAUGAUCCCAACGAGGAUGGUAAUACAAUGUUACACGUAGCAGCUCUCAGUGGGCAUCUAAAAUCGGUGUGGCGAUUGUUGGAAGCUGGUUCAGAUCCCUGUAACAAAAAUAGAAAAUUACAAACUCCGUAUGCAGCGGCGAACAAUAAGGAAACUAGAAACGUGUUUAGAAGAUUUAUGGGCGCCAAUCCCGAUAAGUUCAAUUAUAGUAAGUCUCAAAUACCUGGACCACUUACUGAUGAAAUAGAACAAGAGGAAUCGGAAAAAAAGAGACAAUAUAGAAAAUUGAAACGAGAAAAAGAAAAGUUGAAAAAGAAAGAAUUUGAUUUGAAGAAGCAGGAGGAAGACGCUAAGCAGAGAUUCCUUAAUCUUAACGAUAGAGAAAAGAGAGCAGUAGCUGCUGAACAACGUAUUUUAAAACAAGGAUGCUCUGUGGUUUCACGAUGCUUUCAAUGUGCUGUCAAUAUGGCUGGUCAGGUACCAUUCGAGUACAAUUGCAAUCGUUUUUGUUCUAUGCCAUGUUUGAAAGAGCAUCGUCUUCGCAACAAGGUUGUUACCUGAUGGCAUUCUAUGUAUGAAAUCGCAGUUAAGUUAUACUUUUAUAAACGUACCGUAUGUUGUCAAAAUGUACAAAUUACAAUAAUAGUAUGAUUUGUGCACCUGUGUGCAGAGGCGAUUAAAGGAAAUCUUCUCUUUGCACGCACGCAUGUGAAUAAAGUUAAAAUGAAAUACACUUAUAAUUUUCGGCAAUAAUAAAACUUAUACAGUAAAGUAAAUUCCUUAUGUUUUUUAAUAUAAAUAAUACAUAUUUAUUAUCUAAUUUAGAUAAAAUUUCUUGCCUGUAUUUUUCAAGUGUCAAAAAAUCAAACUUGAUGUUACAUUCAAGAAUUUUUAUAACAUAUGCAUCGUGACAAAAGAAAUAAACUUGUACAAUAAAGUAAAUUAAAAUUUAUAAAUUUUAUUCCUUUAUUUUUUAGUCAAAAAUUCAAUUAUAAGGAGUAAGUAGUAUAUAGAGAGCAUAUGUCUUUUUUUUUUUUUUAAAUUAAAUACACUUUAUAUACUUUUUAUGUUGAUUACUAUUUUAAUGUAUAACAUCGUUAAUUAUAUAUUAAAUGACAUAUAUAAAGAACUAACAUCUUUUAUGCUAACAAUAAACAGUAACUAAGUUUCACACUCAUGACCGCAUUUAUUACAUUCAUACCAGAUUUACGAUAUUAUAACAUCAGAUUGUUAUAAUAACAUCGUAAUCAUUGUAAUGUUUAUGCGAAAAACCGAGUCUUUGGAAGUAUAAUAGAUGGAUAAAUCUCUUUUUAUAUAAAGUUCGAAUACCAUCCGUUUUUCAUAAAUAAAAUUUAAAACAGUGCAUUCACACGUGAAUCUCAUCGAUGACUAGUAUAUAAAGGAAUAUCAAUUUUUCAAUACUCAUACCAUAAAAUUAUGGUAACGUUUAUAGUCGGUGGUAUACGAGAAAAA